GAUCAAAAACACUUUGGACACUUUUUCAGCAUCAAAUGGUUCAUCAUCAUAUCAAGUGCAUUCCUCUUAUUUCCACUUUUUUCUAUAUAAUCAACAGAUAAAAACAUUCUGGCUCACUCUCUCUCCACCACUCAGUAGGUGAAGCUCUAUUUGCUACAACCAGGAAAGCAGCUAAAAGCUCUCGUUGACCCCAAAGACUCUCCGUUUUGCACCAAAGACUCUGCAGGACUUCAGAAAACAUCUGUGCUGCUCUGCCCUGGGAUUGGCCGCCGCUCUGCUGAUCUGAACUGAACAGGCUCUGCUCUGUUUGACGUCGACCUUUCGCCCCGUCUGCAACUUUCUGCGUCGAUUUCCAGUUCGAGGUGACCUGGUUUGGUCUCUGCCGGAUAAGAUGUCGCCCCAUCUGUCAGUGCUGGUGUGUCUCUCCGUGGCUCAGCUGUGUUUAGGAGACCAGCCGGUACAGGAGGAGAUCAUCACAACCAAGAACGUCCCUCUGCUGGGCGCCUGGGCCGACAGGAGCCCGGAGUCGGACGAGGUGCAGACGGCCGCUCGCUUCGCCGUGGAAAAGUACAACAGCCACUCCAAGGCCAAGAAGCUGUUCAGGCUGGUGUCGGUCACCUCUGCUCAGACCCAGGUGACCAACGUGAUCAACUUCAAGAUCGAGGCGGUUCUGGGAAAAACCAAGUGCCUCAAAUCUGAAAACCACGACUUGGAGUCCUGUAUUCUGGGGAAAAAGCGGCUGGUGUGCCACUUCGAGGUGACGUUCGACCCUCGCAACAACAAACACGAGCUGGUCGACUUCACCUGCACGAAGGUCCUGCCCGCCGCCUCUCCUCCCUCCACCCCAUCAAGCUGAAAAAAAGAAAAAAUAAAUAAAUAACCCCCUCCCCCCCGAUCCAGCUCAAUGAUGAAGACUCCUCCUCCUCCUCCUCCUCCUCCUCCUCCUCCUGCAAACCAGAAGUUCACCUGGGAGUUUCCCCUGCAGCUCUGACUCUCCUCUCUCUCUCUGAUCUCUUAUCGAUGGCGUUUUGUGAAUAAAUAAAUGUGCUGAAAGUCAUUUGAAGUGGUGGAUGUGAGUUUGGGUGCAUCAUGAAGUCUCCAUGAUUUGUUUGAAGAGGCAUUAGGAGUGGAAAAAAAAAAAAAAAAAUCCUAAAUGACUGUAACAGCGCCCAGGA